UUGCGUUGCAGAUUUUUGCUUGCGUGUGUUUGAUUGGACGAAGAGAUACGACGACGACAUUUUUGCAACUAUAAUGGCCUCCUGUUUGAGUCAAGAAAAAUUCUGGGAUAAAACCCGUUUUGCCAACGCCGAACGUCAAUACUACGAAUUGCUGAACAAAGGAUCAUGUUCGGCAUCGAAUGUAAGUCCCCAGACCAAUAUCUUGGUGUCGGAAAUCAAAAAAGCCAGAGAACAAAUUAAAAUCUCUUUGGAAAAGAUGGGUGGCAUUUCCGAUGCUGGUUCGUGUCAAAUUCAAUCUGACAUUUUGACUCGUUUGGCUCAUGUCGAAGAAGAGAAUGCCGAAUUGAAGAGUUUGGUGGCCAGCCUAAAGGACAUGUGCUUGGACUCACAGAAACGCAUUCAGGCUUUGGAGGCUACAUUAUGCAACAAGUCGUCCGGUGCUGCACCAGCUGCUGCUGCCGCCGCCGAAGAGUCGAAGAAAUCUGAUGACGAUGAUGGUGUCGAUCUCUUUGCUUCCGAUAGUGAAGAAGAAUCUGAGGAGGCCGCCCGCAUCAGACAAGAACGUCUUGCAGCCUAUGCCAAAAAGAAGGAGAAGAAACCCGCCCUUAUUGCCAAAUCCAGUUUGGUCUUGGAUGUCAAACCCUGGGACGAUGAAACCGAUCUCGGUCAAAUGGAAACCGAAAUCAGAAAGAUCACCACCGAUGGUUUGUUGUGGGGCGCCUCGAAAUUGGUACCCGUUGCCUUUGGCAUCAAGAAAUUGAGUAUUAGCUGCGUUGUCGAAGACGAAAAGGUCUCCAUCGACUGGCUUACCGAAGAAAUCGAAAAACUCGAAGACUUCGUUCAAAGCGUUGAUAUUGCUGCUUUCAAUAAAAUCUAAGCUCAACAA